AUGCUGCUUGACUUGCUGGAGUUUGAAGCCAAGAAGGAUAGAGAAGAGCAACAGCAGCACACUGUCUCGGAUACAGAUGAUGACACUGGCAUCAGUGAUGCUGAUGUAGACGACGACUUUGAUGAUCGAGAUCGGCUCUGGAGCUCUCUACCGGGAGUGAUUGCUCGGAUGGGGAGGCUCCGACUGACUGGCCCCGAAGUGGACUCGGACCUUGGCUCUGAAGUCAGCUCAGUGUCAGACUACGACAUUGACUUUGACUUCUUGUACCUCACUCCGACCAGAGUGUGGACUUAG